GGAACACAAUUUUGAGACACUUCCUGGAAGUCAACUGGCAAGAAUUUGCACAACGCAGAAAUCUGUAGUAUAUUUAUGUAUCAAAUAUCAUUUGUAUACCACUGUUUUCGCUUCAUUGCGUAAAAUACAAGUUGACCGUUGUACUAUUUUCGUUAUCUCAAAGCGAUAAAGCCCCAGAGGUGGUCCACCAAAACCUUCGGAUUUUGUAAUGAUCGGUUUAUAAAUAUCUGGACAGGUAGGCGUCUCUCCUGACCAGGAAUUCUUAAAAAAUCUAACCAAUUAGUGAAAACAAACCAAUAAUGAUGACAACUUUAUUUGCAUGGUUGGCCGGCAUCUUAGCCGUUGCAACACUUUUAUGGACACAUUCUACACGAAAAUAUCUUACACGCUGGUUAUGGCUGAACAAUUCGAUAAAGAAGGCCUGCCCACCCAUUCAUUUCGCGUUGACGGAGUUAGCGUCCAAAGUCGGAGACGUCAUUGGAGUCAACAUUUAUGGCCGUUACACAAUUGUGCUGUCCUCCUUUCAAGUUAUGAAAGCAAUCUUGGGGAACAAUCGAUUUGCUAAAGAUCGUCAGAAUCAUUGUCAUGAUAACGGAAUUACAUGGGGUUCUGGCUGUCAUUGGAAGCACUUGAAAUCACAUGUUUCCCAAUUAAUUCGUAAAGUACUUUCUAACGACGACAUGAUCCAAAAUCUUGUCCAGAACGAGAUAACCACAAUAUUUAAGACGAACGAAAUGCUCCUGACACUGCAAGACAUCGACCUUUACACCAGUUGUCACAACAUACUUUUCGGCAUUUUAUUCGGACCAGCGGUACAUGAGAGUUCAGAAGUUCAGGACAUUAUACGCCGCCAUAAAUUAAAAACUAAGCCAUCCUGCGACCCUGCAGAAUGGUACACAUGCUCAUCCUGGUUGUUGUUCCAAGGAUCAACUAACACACUUGAUCCAAGUUAUAGUGAAGAUAUCAAGAAAAUCAUCCAGGGACGCGCGUGUUUACUCCGAUCGGCAAAGAAUGACAUGAAUCCAAAUAAUGAAUCCGGUCUCGUGGAUCUAUUUAUUGCGAGUUGGUUGGACAAAGACAAAAGUACCAACACUAUUGAAACUGCAGUUGACACCUUGGCGAGCAUAGUGUCCGAUAUGUGCGCAUCUGGGACGCAACCAAUGGCCUUCGCGAUUCAAUGGAUGAUUUAUCUGCUUGCGCGCAAUCCGAAAGUUCAGGACAAAAUUUAUGAUGAAAUUAUGAAUGAAGAACUAAGCAACUCAGGGGCAAAGGCGUACAGAAUGGCAACGUUAUACGAAAUUUUUCGAGUUGGGAACAUUUUGCCCAUCCCAAUUCCAAGAUGUGCGACUGAAGCGUUUAGCAUAAGUGACCUUCCAGUGCGAAAGGGGUGCCCCAUAAUUUACAAUUUGGACCCAAUCUUUAAAGAUGUCUCAUAUUGGGGAGAAUCUGUCGACAAAUUUGUACCCGAAAGGUUUUUAGAUGAAAGAAAACUGAUCAGGACUGAAAGGAUGGUAAUGUUUGGGUUUGGGAAACGAAGAUGUCUUGGCGAAUCGAUCGUCUGGAAUACUCUGAUGCUCUAUUUAACCGAGAUUUGUACAAAAUUUGAAGUUUCGGCUGGACGUCAAAACCCUACAGAUUACGGAAUUGGCAAAAAAGCUUCGUUUAUAUUUUCUGCGAGGAGAAGGCAUAAUAUGCAUAGCUAAAACAUACAACUCUACUUUUUACAAAAUUCUCAAUGCAUAAUAUACAUAUUAUGUAUUAUUUUUUUAUCUCUAAUGUAUAUCAGUAAAUAUUUUGCACCUGUAAAUACUAUUGUCAACGAAUUUCAGUACAUAUUUGAAUUUGUCGAAACAAAACGUUAUAAUAAUUGUAUGUACAUAUUAUUAAUAGAACAAUUUAUAAUCAGUACAGAUACA